AUGAGACGCCCACAGGCUGGGCUUUUCGCCCGUCGCUCAUGGGUCUGCACUCAAUGCAGGGCCGGCUACUCCUCCGUAACGCCGGGCAAAGCAUCGAAUCUACGCGCUGGUUCCAAGACAAAGACAAAUCUCCCUGAUUCACCUGCGCGGACUCGAUUUGCGCCGUCUCCAACCGGAUAUCUUCACCUGGGGUCUUUGCGGACAGCAUUGUUCAACUACCUCCUGGCCAAACGGACCGGAGGCCAAUUCCUGCUACGAAUCGAGGAUACGGAUCAGAAACGGACCAUUCCCGACGCAGAGCAGCGAUUGUAUGAUGAUCUUCAAUGGGCCGGAUUGCACUGGGAUGAAGGUCCAAAUGUUGGGGGGCCUUACGGUCCAUACAGACAGUCUGAACGAACACAGUUUUAUCACAACCAUGCCGAUGACCUGAUCCGUAACGGGCACGCAUACCGGUGUUUCUGUUCGUCGGAACGACUCGACGCCCAUGCUAGACAUCGCAGCCAAGCGGGACUCGCCCCAGGAUACGACAGGACAUGUGCAGAUAUCAGCGAAGCAGAAUCAAUGGAUAGGAAGACAAAGGGCGAAUCAUUUGUGGUCCGAUUGAAGGUCGACGGGUAUCCCAUGUUCAAUGAUCUGGUCUAUGGGAAAACCGGCCAGAGUCGCUCCAACAAUAAGCUGGAUUUAAUUGACCGUGUAUAUGAUGAUCCCAUCUUGCUCAAGUCAGACGGACAUCCGACCUAUCAUCUUGCGAAUGUAGUGGAUGACCACCUCAUGAAGAUCACUCAUGUUGUCCGGGGCACGGAAUGGAUGCCUUCAACCCCUAUGCAUGUCGCCUUGUACAACGCUUUUGGCUGGACACCUCCUCGAUUCGGCCAUGUCCCUCUCCUCGUUGACCAGAGCGGACAGAAGCUCAGCAAACGCAACGCGGACAUCGACCUCUCGUCCUUCAAAGAUAAGCAGGGUAUCUUCCCCGAGGCUUUGGCGAACUUUGCAGCGCUAUUGGGCUGGUCUCAUACCCAAAAGUCGGACAUAUUCAGCCUCGAAGAGUUGGAACAAAUCUUCAAUCUGAAAAUCACCAAGGGAAAUACGAUUGUCGCCUUUGAGAAGUUAGGGUUCUUGCAAAAGGCACACGCACAGCGAUUUGCUGCAAAUGGCGGUCCUUCUUUUGACAAGACGGUAUCCUGGAUUGCCAGCGCUGUGCAAGAGACAUACUCACCUGAGCAACUCGCCCCGAUCCUCCAAAAUCGCUCUCUAACCGACUACAUCGCCCCUCUCUUCCGCGCAGACGCCAAAUCCUACACCAACGCCCAGGAAUUCGUCCAGCGCAACUCCACCUUCUUCACCACCACCCUCGACAGAUCCCCCUACACCCCAGUCGCAUCAUCCAGCACCAACAACAACAAGAAGGAUAAACCCGCCUCCCCAGCCAAUGACCUCCCCAUCCCAAUCACAGCCCUGCACACCGCCGCCGCAACCCUCUGUCUCGUCCCCAAAGCUCACUGGACCAUCGACACCCACCGCUUCAACAUCUCUUCCUACGAUGGCUCGGGUUCAUUCAUUGAAGACGGAGCCGAGACACUCCCCGAUGAAUCGACCAGAGUGGCUCACGACAAACGCUUCAAAAAGGAACUCUACCAUUACCUCCGCUGGGCCCUUUCCGGAGGUGCCCCUGGCCCUGGUAUCCCCGAAACCCUGGAAAUCCUGGGACGAGAUUUGUCGGUUCAGAGGCUUCAAGAGGCGAAACAAUUGACGGCUCCAGCUGGUGGCCCGACUCGAAGGGCAAAGCCGCCGUCGAAACCCAAAACCCAGGAUGACCUUACUUGGAUGGGCUCUCUGGCCCCGCGCUCGUAA